GGACAUGCAAGCAUACGAUAUGCACGGAGUACGACUCAGAUCGGCCGGUGCUCUACAUUACUUGAGGGUUCCAGGACUGGCUGAAAACCGACCCAGCGUAAUCGUUGGCGAUCGCAUCCUAGUACAGCCUGAAGGCGUAGACCCAGGUAAAUGGUUCGAAGGCAGAGUUUUUGUCGUGGCCCUAGAAGAAGUCGGGAUGCGCCUCCGCAGCGAUUUCGGGCCACACAAGGACAAGAAAUGCGAUAUCCGAUUCCAACUCAAUCGCCACCCGCUGCGCGUACAGCAUCAGGCGCUUGACCUUUCAAACAAUCAGCUUCGCUUACUGUUCCCCGAACCAGAGCAUAUCGUAGGAGAUCUUGUCCCGUCGCCGGGAAUCCUUGAGGGUCCGAGAUUUGAUGCGCGUAUCCUUCAAAACCCGGCACAAUUGCAAGCCGUCACCUCAAUCGUCCAUCGCAGAGCGGGGGCGCCUCCUUUUGUAGUAUUUGGCCCGCCUGGAACGGGCAAGACAUUCACAAUCCUCGAAGCGAUCAAGCAGAUCCUUCGCAUUGGCAACGACAGCGUGCAUAUCCUCGCGUGCGCGCCGACGAACUCCGCCGCAGAUGUCAUCGCGCUUGGUCUCGCGGAUCUUGGCGACAAUCUGUUUCGUAUGUAUGCGCCGACGAGGAGGAGGAACUUGGUGCCGGAUGCCCUUGUCCCGUUCACGGCUGUGACAGGCGAUGGAGAGCACUUCACUAUCCCGGAAAUGGACCGCCUGCUGCGAUACAAGGUGAUCGUCGCGACGUGCAUUUCGGCCACCAAGCCGUACGCCCUCAAGAUCCCGGACGGCCAUUUCUCGCAUGUAUUCAUUGAUGAGGCAGGGCAGGCGACGGAGCCAGAGGCGAUGGUGGCGAUCCGGACGCUUGCAACGGACAAGACGAACAUCAUUCUCUCUGGAGAUCCAAAGCAGCUUGGGCCCGUGAUCCGAUCUGGGGUCGCGCGGGACUUGGGACUCGGCCAGAGCUACCUGGAGCGUUUGAUGGGCAGGGCGAUAUAUGACGUGCUGGGAGGAUAUGGCGUUUCUGUCGUCAAGCUUGUUAAGAACUUCCGAUCUCACGAGGCGAUCCUUCACUACCCUAACCUCAAGUUUUACGAUGGCGAUCUUCGACCGUUCGCUGCGCGGGAGGUCGCCGAUUCGUACCUCGGCUGGCCGGCCCUGCCGUCGCCCAAAUUUCCGGUUAUAUUCCAUUCAAUUAUCGGGAAGGACGAUCGAGAGUCGACCUCGCCGUCGUAUUUCAACAUAGAAGAAAUCUCACAAGUCAAGGCAUAUGUGCAAGACUUGCUCGGGAACGCCAACUUCCUUGUUGAUCAGUGCCUGACAGUCCUCUUCGUCAUGCCCCUCCGCUCUUGCAAACAACGUGAAAUUGGGAUUAUCACGCCAUACCAUGCCCAGUCGCUCAAGAUCCGUGCGGCUUUGAAGGCGGCUCAGCUCACCGAUAUCAAGGUUGGCUCGACAGAAUUAUUCCAGGGCCAGGAACGACGCGUGAUCAUCGUAUCCACCGUACGAAGCAGCCAAGAGAAACUCACAUACGAUCUGAGACACACCCUCGGGUUCGUGUCGAACCCGCGUCGCUUCAACGUCGCUGUCACUCGCGCGAAAGCACUCCUGAUCAUCGUGGGGAAUCCGAAUGUGCUGUCGCUGGACCCUCUAUGGCGCGGUUUCUUGAACUAUAUCCACCAGAACGGCGGUUGGACGGGCCAGAGCGGUAUAGGCUGGGACCCUACCGAACCCGUCAAGGAUGGCGGUUACGACGCCGACGUUCGAGCUCAGGCGCUCGAGCAGUUGAACGCGCAAUUGGCAAAGCAUGGUAUUGAUUCUAUCGCGGAAGAGGUGGAGGCGGAAGCAGACGUCGUGAACAUAGAUAUAGAUAAUCCCGAGCGGCAGGAGUGA